AUGGCCGCACCCCCAAUGGACCACAAUGGCAUGUCCGGAAUUUCGAUGGAGCCAAUGUCCCAACCUAAACCAGAACAUAGUGGCAUGGGAAUGAUGAUGCUUCGUCACCAAGCUCAUCUGGCGUGGUUGAUGUCCAAAUGGCACAACAGCGGGCUCACCACUCACCACACAAUCGACAAGCCCAGCAACAACCCAACAACUCAAGCCAGCUCCUUCCAACCCACUUGA